AUGCCGAAUACCCAAGCGGAAAAGAUGAUGGAACGAGAUAUUUCUAAUGCUUCUUUCGCUGACACAGUUCAAGAAUCACCAUAUAAUUAUGAUAGGAACAAGCAGAUGAACGAGACACCGCCUGUAUCCCAUACCUACAUCUCACCAUCCUCAUCACAAGAUGCCUUACAACCUCAGCGAAGUACGGAAACCACACUUUCGAGAUCGAGCUCUUUGCAGUCUAGCGGUUUAGACCAAAGCAACUCUGAUCACUGUAGAACACCAUUCCUGAGAAAACCUACAGAUGAAGUAGGUGGUCAUUGGUUAGAAAAGAGAUAUGAAGCUCCGGAAUGGUGGAACUUAUUCUACGAUUUAGCGGUCGUAGCUGUGCUUACGAUUUUCUCAACAAACCACGAGCUCAAUCAACCGAGUGCUAUACCUGUCUUUCUCUCCUACUACGCUAUAAUCUGUUGGGUAUGGACAUCCCAGGUCCACUACGAUAUUCGAUAUCAGGCAUUGGAUGGGUGGCAUCGCGCUGCAAAGGCUAUACAAAUAAUGACGUUUGUGUAUAUGGGUGCGGCAAGUGGGGAUUGGAAUCCUGGAUUGAUAAGGAAUGACGAGGAUCAUCUGGCUACGAAAUCUAAUAUAAGAGCUUCAGAACAUCGAACCGCAAAUGAAAGUUUCAAGACUGUCUUAGCGUCUUUUGUCAUAUCUAGAGUAUUCCUGGCAUGUCAAUACUUGUUAUCCGCGAUUAUUGGUUCUCGUGCCGGAAGAAAAGUCAGACAGCAUAUAUACACCUUGAUUUCGCUUGUCAUCUCUAGUAUCUGUACCAUCCUGGCCAUUGUACUACCUGCCCACAGCAGAGUGUUGUCCUUGACCAAAGUCACCCUGUUCUAUACUGGGAUAGGAGUUGAGGUCAUAGCAGUAUGGUUCUCGCUACCUAAAGAUACUCUUGGUCCGCUCCGGACAGAAGCCAUGGCGAAACGAUAUGGUGCGUUCACACUGAUAAUAAUUGGCGAAGGUUUCAUCUCCAUUACUCGCGCUUUCAAUCUUGCCAUCUCUGGAUUUAGUAUCACUACCGAUGUGACUUAUCCUCAAGUAAUACUAGCAAUCAUGAUCAUGUAUUUGCUUUUCACUUUCCUAUUCACACGUUUUGAUCCUGCAACGAAAGUUGAUUCUUGUCGUGCAUUGAUAUGGGAAAUUAUACACUUUCCCAUGCAUUUCAACCUAUUACUCCUACUAGCCGCAUUAGUCCAUUUUGUCGCACGGUAUUUUGACCAUCUGUAUUUACAACCAGACUAUAACACGGAGAUUUCGUUACUGCGUAAUCUGAGUAACACAAACAUCCCCAUUGAAGAUCCGACCAUUUUGGCUUAUCAGUAUCUUGGACAGAUCAUGUUCCAAGUGACCAAUAACUAUGGGAUCGAACUAGAUGAUAGUAUGGUCGAGAACCUACAGAGCUUAUAUGCACUCAAUACCACUUGGUCAACUAACGAUACCAUUCGAGGCGAAAUGCAGAGCGAGGCUUUCACCCUCCUUCGAGAAAUAAUUCAAGAACCAGCUUCAGCCUCUUUAUCAGGUAUACUAUGGUUGUUCCCCACAGCCGGUAUCGCCCUGAUCUUCUGUGCCAUCCGAGCAUUACUAUGGCAUCGAAAUAACCCUAGGGGUCAAAGUAUCGUUCAUAUCACUUGGAUUAUCCUCGGUUUGGUUCUGGCCUGUUUGGGAUUGUUGGAUAUAGGAAGUAAGAAUUUCAAUAUUUUCGCUGAUUCAGUUAGGGACGAGUUGAAAGGUGUAAAUCCCAUGUAUUGGCUCGUACAUGAUAGGAUACCAUUGGUUAUCGUCAUGGUCUUCUAUGUCGUUGCGUACCUUUUAAGCUUGAUUAUAUCGAAAGUCAUGGACAAACGUGGAUAUCGUCAUGAUUCAAUGGAAAAGGAAGGAAGGAACUAUGGCGAAACAGUUGACUGA